AAUUUAAUUAUUUUAUCCAAAAGACUCUUGUUUUAUAACUGAGUUCUAAAAAUGGCGGACUGGUUCCCUACGAUCGCCAACAAAGCCGGGUCUGCCUACCCGCCGAUGCAAUGCUUCCUCUGUGGAGAGUACGUCGCGGCUCCUACGUCUUCCAGGAUGUGCUCUACGUGUCUAGCCAAAAGCGUAGACCUGAGUCAGAGCGUAUCAACGCAUUGUACGAUCUUGCAGUGCUCUACUUGCGGAAAAUUCUAUCACGAUCGAUGGUAUGUUUUAUAGACUCGCUCUCAACAAAAUUCAGGAUUAACUGUGAGCUUGAAAGCAAGGAACUGCUCUCUCUCUGCUUGAAGAAGAUCAAGGGUAUCAACCUUUUAAAGAUUAUCGACGCAAAGUUCAACUGGACAGAACCGCAUAGUAAGAAGCUAAAGCUCCAAAUCCUGGUCCAAAAGGAAGUGGAAAACAAUUGCAUUGUUGAGCAGACACUGUUUGUCGAGUUUACCAUACGCUCUACGCAGUGUGCUGCCUGUAAACAAAUGUAUACUCCUCAUACUUGGAAGGCACUGGUACAAAUUAGGCAAAAGACAAAGGAUAAGAAACACAUGCUGCUUCUAGAACAGAUUAUAUUGAAGAAUAAUGCUCAUGAGAACGUACUAAACAUUUUAUCAAGGCGAAACGGUUUUGAUUUACAUUUUGCCAAUAGACCAGAUGCCCAAAAAUUUGCGGAAUUUGUAUCGGAUAAAAUUGUAUCGCAACUAAAGAAUAGCAAGAAGCUAAUAACAGCAGAUAUGUCCAACAACAAGUAUAACUACAAGUAUACAAUCCACGUUUCUUUGAUCCCCGUCUGUACCGAUGAUGUGGUCUUCUUGACCCCAAAAGUUGCCUCAAUGUAUGGAGGAAUUUCUCCCUUUUUGCUCUGCGUAAAUUUGACGUCCACCAUAACGCUGCUGGACCCGUUUACGCUGAGAAAGUUGGAUAUUUCAAGCGACAAGUACUGGAGAAAUCCCUUCUCUUCAUUAUUCACCAAGUUCAACUUGUGCGAAUUCAUAAUUUUAAAUGUCGACCGAGACUAUUCCAAGAAAUGGGAUGACUCUCCAUACGAGCUUGUGGACGUGGAGGUUAUGGCUGUGAACUCCUCCAAGAUUAUUUAUACUAAAUCGCACCUAGGAAAAUCGCUAACUGUUGGAAGCACAUUCAGUGGCUACGAUAUCAGCAGGAUCAAUCUGAAUGGGCUAUCAGAGGAGGAAACUGACAUUGAAAAUCGCAUUCCAUUUGAAGUUAUUCUUGUAAGAAAGACCAAGAAGCCUACAUCCAAACACAAUUGGGUCCUCAAGAGAAUCUUUACAAACAAAAAGGACCAAGACGAAGAGAUGGAGGAAAUUGAUGAGGAUGAACUGCUCGAUUUCAAGGAUGAAAUUAUGAGCAAGAAGGAACUGCACAAUCAAAUCGACUUUUAUCGCAAUCCAAAGUCACCAAAGAACAAGACUGAAGAUGAAGAUGUUAACUCUAUCUCAGUUCAACUCAAGGAACUCUCUCUUCACGACCAAGAAUACUUUUAAGUGUAGCAUAAUAGGCGU